CUCACGAAACCUGAGGUAUCAGGUGCGUCGCAGCGACUUCUGAUGCCGAUCGCGCCGGCCGUGCUGGUGGCACUGCUGCCGCUCUGGAUCCAGGCCACGGUCGCCGCCGCUCAGAUGCAGUUCUCCGUCGACUGGGCGCACGGCAAGCGCUCGGCGGUGCCGCCGGUGCCGUCGGGACCGGCGGGGCCGUCGGCACUGAGGCUGCUCGACGAGCUCGACUCGGGCGAGCUGGCCGUCCCGUCGGUCCACCAGCUGAGCGGCCCGCCGCCGAGCGGCCACCGCGGCCCGCGCCGAUCCUGUGCCGUCGACGGCGCCGUCCUGCGCCAGGUCUUCAACGCGAUCAUGCGGGAGGCGAACCGAGUUGCUGCCUGCCGGGUAAAAAGCAGCAUCUAUGAUAUCUACAAGACAACUUAGAGCUCCACUACGGCGACCGCCGAGAAAACACCGAGAUCUCUGCGGACAGUGGCUGUCUGCUGGAGCUCUCAGUCAGCUGUGUGGAGUGCAGACAGCGCUGUCUGCCAUGACAGGCCUCGGACGGUGGUCUGCAGACCACACAGACCACGGCUGAGACCGGAGACCGUCUGCGAGCAGUCUCAGCGGACCAGGGUCCAGACCCACCAAACAGACGGCCUCAGCCGGGCGGGAGUGUCCAGACUGCGGACGGUCUGAAUGCGGUGGCCAAUGGAGGAUGUCUACCUACAUACGAGGACCAGCUUCAGGCUGCCGGUAUCCAGACUUUACAUAUCGACUGCAUUCGGUGGAUAAUCACACCGCAGACAGCACCUCAGUCUGACUAUGUAACUACUGCAGUGCUUAUCUGCGACAAAGGGCCACCGGCUUCGAUAACCAGUACUCAGGCGCGACAGAUACCGACUGUGUGGUCAUAUGCAGGUUCAAAUAACCGAUUUCAUCACGACAGAUCGCGGGUGUCUGCCAGUGUUCCGUCGAGUUUUGUCAACAAAGCAGUACCCAACGACUCAUUUGCGCAAAAUGUAAUAAAAAUUCAAUCACUCGGAGCUAGGAGAGCCCGCAAGGUCUCACGUAGGGCAGCAACACACCUGAGGUCAUAUUAGGUCAGCCCUCUAUUCCGCUCGUGACACUAGCUGUCCUGAUUUGACCUUUGUCAUUUAUCACAAUCUUUAGUCAGCAAUGCUUUGCUAUUGGACAUAAAUUAGCCCCACAGUCCUCCUUUGUUUCUUUCAUGUUUCGUUUGUGCAAAUAAAUCUCAGCAUUCUACAUCAGCAGGCAUUUAAAAAUACUAAAAUCAGAUUACAUCAGAGGCUGUUUUAUAAUUCGACUCUCUGUCAAGCAAGUGAGCUGGGAUUAUAUUUCAGUCAUAAAGUCAGAACCCCUCGUUGGUAUUAUGUUAUCGUAAAAUUGUUUCAUUUCUUAGGUGAAAUAUCACUGCGUUAUCUAACACAUGUGAUUGUGAUGCAUAUCGCGAAUGAAAGUCAUUAGCUGAUCGUGCAUUUACGGAAAAUAUUAUUAGAGGGCUAAACAGCGUUUGUAGCCGGUUUUCAUGCCGUCUAUCGUGUGUGUUUAACGCGGUCCACUUGUGCUGCGUGUUGAUCCCUGGACUCUGUAGGUACCUAAUGUUGUUAUUUUGGUAACCCACCCCGUGCCAGGGUUGGAGAUGUUCCUUUUCCUUCUUCCGGUUCGGCUUCAAAUGGAGAAAAACAGUACAGCAGCACACAUGUUUCCUUAUUUACUGGCAUAUUUUCAUAACAUUUAAAUGUAUUUGCUUUUUAAUUUCCAUAACUACACAACAAGAAUUGUGUCUUUGCAACGGUGGUAACCUUGAACAAAUUUAUUGAUGUGUGAAGAGGUAAGACCUGUAUGCAUAUAUAAUACAUACCUAUAUGUUUUGUGUUAGGUUUGAACACCUUAAUGACCAAAACUAACGCACUUGGCCACACAAACAUGGCCACUGUUAUAAGUUUAUGACUGGCUCUGGAAAGAACACAGCUCUUUGGAAGCGAUUUUGCUGACAUCCUGUCAAACUAGUAAAGUAAUCUUGGUCAAACUAUCCAUAAAAAGGUUCGGCGAUUGUUCUCGCAUAGCACAGCCUGACUUCAUCUUCUUGACAAUAUUUGCGGCAAUAUAUCAGGAAACGCUUAAUUCGGGAAAAUAACUUUGACGUGACUUGUCUUGUAGAUGCCCCGCCUAUCGACGGUGUCAUUCUCGCAACUCCUCGAGAUAUCCGCAACAAUUCAGAUCAAAUUUACGUCCACGUUGACCCAGGAGGAAAUUCAAAUUUUUCACCUUUAAGUUUUCCUAAGUUAAGUUUUAAGCUCCUGAUAGAAAUUAAGUUUAAUUAAGUUAUUUUGUUGUGUUAACGGCCAGGAAACCGUCAAAAUUACUUUUAAACGAGACGAAGCGAGGCGCUCUGCUAAACGAACCGAAACGAAAAGAUCCAGAAAGAAACGAACCCGACCAACAAGCCGACAAGACGACACGACUUAUUCCGUUUAAAUUUGGACAGUUUCAGUCGAACGACAAGCUUGAUAGUUUAACUACUUAGAACCUUGUUCGUCUUUCGUCCUUUUUUCCGUCAAUAUAUGUAAAUAAAGCUC